GGGCAAGGGUUUGGAGAAGAGUGAGGAGGAAGUUGAUGUGAGAUCGGAGUCGGAGGAGACGUUUGCAGGAGAUCUCUGUUCAGGAGAGAGCACGGAAGAUUGGGGGAAAGAUUAUGGGUCGGGCGAGCUCUGGAUCAGAGGAAAAGUUGGGUUUUUGGGCUGUUCCGAAGGGUGCCUCUGUUAAAGUUAAGAAGGAGAAAGGUGUUGAAAGCUCUGGAGAAAAGCAGCCACAGGGUCGUGGCGAAAAGUUGAGACCUUUUAGAUUUGAGAAUAUGAGGGGGGUUUCUUGCAUCGCGAGGAGGACUCGAUUGAAGUUUGGGCAACUGGAAAGAGUGUCGUAUACUCAGUAUUACAAAGAUAAGUUCUCAGAUGAUGAUGAUGAUGAGGAGGAGGAGGAGGAGGAUGAGGAGGAAGAGGAGAAAGAGAUAAAUGGAGAUGAUAAAAAUAUGAAUGAAGAUGAGGAUGAGGACGAUGAAAAUUAUAAGGAAACUAGCAAUGCUGAGUUUGAGGACAGUGAGACAACGAGUGCUAGUGGAGGUGAUAGCUUGGUGUUUUCACUGAAGAAAAGGAAGUUCUCUGGGACUGAAACCUUGGUGUCUAUCAGUGAGGAGAAGAGUGGAAGUGAAGAGGCAUUAAGCAGUGGGAGCCUUGAAAACCCUCAGCAGAAACACAAACGGUCACGGUUUUGCUCAGAGAAGUUCGGCCGGAAGAAGAAGGAGAAGCAUGGGACUGUUAAAGAUGCCAAUGUUAUUGAUGUGAAGGACGCAGAGUUCAGUGUCAAUUCUGAGUCAUCCUCCUCUGAUGAGGAUGUUUGGAAGGAAAAAGAGGAAGAGGACAAUGAAUGAGGGGCGGUGAUAGCAUGGGUGUGAAUGCAAGAGAAGAAGAAAUAAGCUUGCUGAAGCAGUUAGGGAAGGCGAUUAAAAGGAAAGGGAGACGUGCAAAAGCAAGUGCAAUUUACCAACUGCUUCUGGAUAUUAUUCAGGAGGAGAGAGAGGAGCUCUCAGGGGAGCUUCAUUAUAAACAAGAGGAUAGGUCUGAUGAAGGCCCAUCUACUGGUAAGGAGUCUCUUCCAUUGGACUUCUUUUUUGAAGAUGAAGUUCCCAAAUCAACAGAGAAGUCAGAGAAUGAGAAAAUGAUGGAGGAAUUAUGGGCGGACUUCGAUUUUGUGAUGGGAUUAAAUGAUAUUGGGUCCUAUAAUGUUCAGUGUGAAUUGGAAGACAACGACACGGCAGAAGUUGAAGCUGAUUUUGCAGCUCUUUGUGCGAAAGGGAAGCAUGAAAUUUAUCUUGAUGAACAAAUUGGAAUUUGCUGCAGAUACUGCUCUUAUGUUCUCUUGGAGAUUAAGCAUGUUCUGCCAUCAUGGGGUGAACAUCCAGGAGGGAGGUCAGGCAGGAAAAGUGCGGCUACUAAGGAUUGUGACUCGAUAUUGAAUGGCUUUCCUUCAGCAGUUGGAGCUAAUGGUGGUGAAGCUUCAUGUGCUUUUCCAAGUGGUACAGUCUGGGACCAUGUUCUGCAGGCGAUCCGCAAAUCGUUAUACCCACAUCAGCAUGAAGCUUUUGAGUUCAUGUGGAAAAAUCUUGCUGGGGGAAUUCACCUUGACAAGUUGAAUUUAGAGGCUAAAUCUGAUGAUACUGGCGGAUGUGUGAUUGCACAUGCCCCGGGGACUGGAAAGACGCGUCUUGCAGUUGUUUUUAUCGACAGUUAUCUGAAGGUGUUUCCUAAAUGCAGACCUGUCAUUGUUGCUCCAACUGGCAUGCUUCGUAUGUGGGGUGUGGAAUUCAGACUGUUAUGUACUGGUCUUCCAGUUCAUAAUUUGAAUGCUGCUGAAUAUUCCGGUAGUGAAGUUGAUUAUGCUCGAGCAUUAGGAGUAAAGGAUCCCAGAAGCAUGAGAUUGAUGCGCAUUGUGAAACUAUUGUCAUGGGUGAAAGCUGGUGGUGUUCUUCUAAUAAGCUAUUGCCUGUUCAAUCAACUUACAGCUGAAGGUUCAACCAAAUAUCCAGAACUAAGCAAUAUCCUCCGUGAAAAGCCAGGUUUACUUGUCUUUGAUGAGGGGCACACACCAAGAAAUGAGCGCAGUCUUAUUUGGAAAACUUUGGAGAAGGUCAAAACUGAGCAGAGGAUCAUCUUAUCUGGAACACUUUUCCAAAACAAUAUGAGAGAGUUUUACAACUCUUUGCGUUUGGUUAGGCCGAAAAUCGCUCAAAGAAUCUCUCCUCAAACAGUAAGGAUUUGCCAGAAAAAAUUCUUGUCUUUGGACAAUGUGAGAGAUGUUCCGAAGUGGAAUCAGAGUAUGUUAAUCGCAAGCAUGUCUGGUGGUAGUCUGGAUGCUUUGAAUGAGCUUAUAUCAAUGAUUAAACCAUUUAUGCAUGUUUACAAAGGAACGAUACUUGAAAAGCUUCCUGGCUUGAGAAAUUGUUUUGUUUAUUUGGAGCUCCUACCCCUUCAGAAAAGCAUUUUGGAAAAAUUUAUGGACACUAGAAAUGGCACCUUUGAGGGUGAAUACAAGAUAUCAUUGGUUUCUGUUCAUCCAUCACUUGUCGCAUCCUGUGUAUCUGAAAAGGAGAAUUCUGCCUUUGACAUUGAUUUUCUAGGAAGUUUGAGACUGAACCCUGAUGAAGGAGUGAAAACAAAAUUUGUGAUGGAACUUGUUCGGCUGUGUCAAGCACGGAAUGAGAAAGUUUUAGUGUUCAGUCAAUAUAUUGAUCCAUUGGUCCUGAUAAAGGAGCAGCUGAUUAAGUUAUUUAAUUGGUCAGUAGGGAGAGAAGUAUUACAGAUGGAUGGCAAGAUCUCCUCAAAGCUUCGGCAAUCUGCAAUUGAUGUUUUCAAUGACUUCAAGAGUGAAGCUAAGGUCCUUCUUGCAUCAAUGAAAGCCUGUAGUGAGGGUAUAAGCCUUGUAGGGGCUUCCCGAGUUGUUUUGCUUGAUGUUGUAUGGAACCCUUCAGUUGAAAGGCAGGCGAUCAGUAGAGCCUUUCGACUUGGGCAAGAAAAGCAUGUUUAUACUUAUCAUUUGAUCACACCCUCCAGUGGUGAAAGAGCCAAACAUGAUAGGCAAAACACAAAGGACCAUAUUUCAAAAUUGGUGUUCUCAGAUGUUGUUGCUAAUAUUGUGGAAGGAGAUACACCACAGACUGAAGAGGAGCGCACAUCUAAUUUAAUCUCUAAAGAUGAAAUUUUGAGUGAGAUGGUUGACCAUGAUAAGUUAAAAGAUAUGUUCAUAAAAGUAUACUACCCUCAGAUGGACUGAGAUAUUAUUUCUGCUUCAGGAACUUGCCAAUCAACCUUCAUAGUAUACUUUCUUUGACCAAAUUCAUUUUACUGGUAUUUGAACUCAAUUGAAUGUUUUUUGCUUUUUCCAUUUAUAGAACAUCAUCUUUGGCCUGCCAAUGAUAUGGCUUAUUGCUCAGAUUCGAAAUGAA